AUGGAUUUCUCGUUGAAUACAAUUUCCUAUUCGCUUGCCAUAUUUCUCUUCGUUUUAUCAGCGGUUUAUUUAUAUCUGAAAGAAAGGAAAGAGCGAUUUAAACGUGACUCUGCUCAAAAUAAUCUCGACUUUCGCGGUUUACAAAAGCUUUUCAUCCCGCCGUAUCUCAUCGUGUUGUUGGCCGAGAGCUUGCAGGCUCCAUUUCUGUACGUUCUCUAUCACAGUUAUCGCUUCAUUCCCUCGCAAAUCGCAGCACUUCAUGUGACGGGUCUCAUCUCUUGCCUUCUCAUCUCUUCAAUCACAAAUCGUCUCAUCCACAAAUACAGCACUCGUCUCUUAUGCCUCACUUGUCUUUCCACUGCUGCCAUCGCUUGUGUCUUCAAGUUUUCGGACUCGUUUUUGUUGCUUUUCAUCAGUCGGGUUCUCGAUGGAGUGUCGGCAGGACUUGUGACUACACCAUUUCAAGAAUGGUAUACUGAGCGACACGUUGGUCGAAUGGAUUUCCCGCCGGAAUGGAUCGAGAAUACUUUCACGAAAGUGGCCACUGGAGCUGCGUUUGGAGCAGUAAUCGCCGGAUGGCUCUCGCAAACAGUGGAGCAAUCGACUGGAGUGAUCGCGAUGCCAUUCGCUUUAUCAGCUCUCUUCAUGAUUAUUGCGGGUUUCAUCGUGGGUGGUCGAUGGGAUGGCGGGAUGAAGCCGAGUUCUACUGAUCCUCCAGCUACUCUAUCAUUCUCAAAAGAGUUGGCGAUUCUCUUUCGGCAACCCGUAGCACUUGUUCUUUCUGUGAUCACAAUCUUCACCGAGUCAGCUCUCCAAAUCUUCGUCUUUGUCUGGUCACCGAUUCUGCUCAAAUCGAAAGCUAUUGAAGGCACAAAUCUUGGAUUCGGCGCCGCAUACGCUUGUUUAAUGGCGUUUUCCCUGAUCGGCGCUCUUCUCUUUCAUUCACCGAUUUCUAAACGGAUUCCCACUUCAAGAAUGCUCGCAAUAGCUCUUUUUUGUUCAGUUUUCACCUUAUAUUUCUCCUUUGCCAAUCUUCCUGAAACAUCUUUAUCAUGGAAGCAUGCAAAUUUCACAAAACUUUUGCUAGCGUUUUGUCUCUUCGAGGCCACUGUUGGGGUGUUAAGUCCAGCAUUGGGGAGUUUGAAGGCUGAGCUGACUCCAACGAUGAGCCGGGGCUCAAUAAUCGGCGUUCCGGUUACUGUGAUAUCUUCCCUUUGCAUUCUUUUCCUCCAUCCUCUCGGCGAUGCUCAACAAAGUCUCAUCGGCACGGCGUUGGGCUUGCUAAUUAUGGCAGCUUUCCUCGGGAUUCUCCUUGAUUUAGUUUUGGCUUCAAGAGGGAGAGAAGCGCCUCGUCCCUUAUCCGUAUCGGCACCUCGUCCCAUCUCGAGUCUUCCCUCCGUUCAUCAUUCACCAAGUCAAGGA